CGAUAAGCUGUCUGCCUUAUAAAAGAAAGCGCGUGAGCCAGUUGCGCCGAAUAUAUCGUUGGAAAUAAUUUACACGGCGGUGCAUCGUGCGUACCUGACAUGAGAGACAUCCUAUUCCUGGUCCUGGUCGCCGCGACCGGGAUCGUCACGGCGAUUCCCAACGAGUGUCCGGAGUUGGAUCCUUGGGACAAACCGGUGCAGCUCCCUCACGAGUCGGACUGCAAUAAAUACUACAAAUGCCUGAUGGGGAAGAAGUUCCUAUCCGACUGCGACGAGGACGAUCGCGGCAACAAGCUCUGCUUCGACCUGGAGAGCAAGACCUGCGGCCCGGCGGAGAAGUGCGACUGCAAGCAUCAUCUAGACCCGGAGUGCAAGUCGGUCACCGACAACCACCCGUGGGCGGACCCGGCUGACAACACUGGUUACUAUCAAUGCGUGAAGGGGAAGAAGGUUUCCCUGAAGUGCGAUCAGGGCAAGAUCUUCGAUCCGGUCAAGCUGGCCUGCCAAAGUAAGGGCUCCGAUGUAAAAACCUGUCCGCCAGCGGGCUCCCAGCAGACGGUGCGUUACUGGCACGAAUGCCAUUGCCAACUGUACUACGAGUGCAGGGGCGGCGAGCUGGUCUCGAGAUCGUGUCCAGCCGGCCAGUUGUUCGAUCACAAGCUGAUGAAAUGCGUGUCGAGCGAAAUGGCGGACUGCAACAAGCCGAAGGAUCCGAAUGGUUGUCCGGCCCACGGGAACGUCGACAUACCCGACCCGACGAACUGCUAUCAAUAUUACAGGUGCGAGGACGGCAAGAAGACUCUGAGGCGUUGUGAACCGGGGAGGGCGUUCGACGAGUACAAAAGGAUGUGCGUGUGGUGGACGCUCGCGAUCUGCAACACCCGUGGCACGACCGUUUCGCCGCCGACGGGCUGCUUGAACUGGCCAAGGUCGAAGAAAAGGCACCUCACCGAUUGCAAUCGAUACUACGAGUGCGUCAAGGGCAGGAUCGAGCCUGGCAAGUGUUUGGAGAACCAUUACUUCAACGAGCCCCUGCAAACGUGCGAUUUGCCGAAGAACACGAAUUGCGUGCCGCAAGGCGGAAAUCCCGACUGUCCCGCGACGGAUUGCGGGAAGAAGCGUUUCCCAGCCGACGAGGGCUGCGAGUGGUAUUGGAAAUGCGAUAACGGCGAAAAGAGGUUGAAGAAAUGCCCGGACGGCCUUGUGUACAACAAGAACACGGAGAUGUGCGACUUGCCGAAGAACGUGAAGUGCGAUGAGCCUAAACCGCCACGCUGUACACCUGGCGAACGGGACCCCCACGAAUGCCAAUGUAACAUGUACUACGUUUGCAACGGGGACAAAGACUGGGCGGUGCGUUAUUGCCCGAAGGGCAUGAACUUCGAUUGCGACACAUCGACAUGCAAGGAUCCGAAGGAAGCGAGGUGUUGCACGAGGAACAAGAAUUACGAGUUCAACAACGCGACCUCGUUAUGGUAUCGCUAGUCGCUUUGACAGCUGUUAAUCCUUUUGUUUGCGAGCAAGCGCUUAUCUUUCAACUCUCCUCUAAGCGAUCGAUUACAUUCUCAUGAAAAUUUGGCGGUACCGCUUGCGAUCUACAUUCCUUUGACGUUAGAACUAUCGAGCAUUGAACACGAUUAGUAUGUAAUCCGCAAUAAAGAUUGCGACAAUAGGUUAUUUUGUGUUUCUUCGGGCAUUCGUAGUAUUCGAGUGAAGCUAUUUAUUGCCAUUUCGAAUGUUCAAUGCUUUUAAUCUGUAAUCGCGGAAGAAAACAAUUGGGACCGGUCGUUUUGACUGGUACGGCAGUUCUAGUGUUUACAGUUCCGCGUCGGUUCGUGCUCGGUGCAUCAAAGAUAUAUACGAACAACGUUGUAAUACUGAAGUUUGAAAUCACGCUAUCCAACAGCGCGUGCCUGACGGCACGCCGUGCGUUGCGCAUCUCGCGUAAGUAACCCCUGGUAAUCUUCAGUUGCGAACAAUUGCGGAUGAAAAUUGAUUAAUCAACGAACGUGCUGGCACUUUGUAUACACCUGUUUCUAUAGCAACGAUAUAUCGUGGAAUCAAAUGAAACGAGUCGGACAAUACAUUUUUCACCGUCGAAAGGGAAUGUUAUACUGCUCGCAGGCUUUCUAUAUACUGUGAUCGUAAUUUGCAUGUGAUUAUUUUGAUAAGCAUUUAUUAGGUUGUGGGUAGGUUUAGUUUCGAUACGAUAGAACAUUCAUGUAGGGUCCCUCAGAUAUCCACUUCAUAGUGCGAAUCAACGGAAGUUGAUCGACGAUAUUUCAUUUUCAGUCGAACCUCGGAUAAGAAUAUUAAACUCGUUUACUAUUUAAUAUCAAUAUUGUUGUUGAAUUGUUUUCUACGCUUAAUAAAAGUUCAAAUACAUGAAACAUUGUCGAAUAAAAGCUUCGGUAUCUUUAAGGCAGUCGUCUUUCGACAAAGUUUAACCCUUUGCACUCGAGCGGCGCUAUUUCAAUCGCCAUUCGAUUUGACCGCGCGAAGUGAUCAAAUUUAGAAUUCAAUAUCAAAUUUUAUAUAAUGCAUCGACGCAUGGAGCAUCGAAAUAAAAUAGUUCUGUCGCUUCGUUUACACAAGGUGUUUCUUUACGUCGUGAAACAUAUUGAUACCUCGCAAAGAAGCAACGAAUAUUUGCCGAGAAAAAUAUUCUCGAGUGCAAAGGGUUAACUGAGCCGCUUUCGCGUUAAGAUAAAACGUGUGUACACCGCUUCGACGAGAAUAACGCGAUUUGAUUCGUCCGCUAC